CGGCUUCGGCUCUCUCAGGGGGUGGGCUGGAACCCGACACAGGCGCGGGGUCUGGGGACUUAGGACUGGGCCGAGUCUCUACGCCCGGGGUGUCGGGGGCUCGGGGGCCCUGGAGUGAGCGCGGCCGGGAAGCGGGUUCGUGCGUCAGCCUCACGCGGCGGGAAGGAAGCCGGCCCCAGGCCCCGGGCGGCCAGCGCGGGCGCCACUGCACGUCCGCAGGCUCUGCCGGGAGGUGGCGGCCCCUGAGAGGCGGGAGAACCGAGGGCGGGCCUGGGAGGCGGCCCGGAGGUGGGGCGCCGCCGGGGGCCGGCCCGCUUGGGCUUCAUCUGAGGGCGCGCGGCCUGCGCCCGAGUGCUGGGGACUCAGAGACGCGGGGCGACGAACGGCCGGAGCGGCUAUGGGCCGCGGCUGGGGCUUCCUGAUCGGCCUUCUGGGUGCUGUGUGGCUGCUGCGCUCGGGCCAUGGUGGGCAGCAGCCCCCGGAGACGGCGGCGCAGAGGUGCUUCUGCCAGGUUAGUGGUUACUUGGAUGACUGUACUUGUGAUGUUGAAACCAUCGAUAGAUUUAAUAACUACAGACUUUUCCCAAGACUACAAAAACUUCUUGAAAGUGACUACUUCAGAUAUUACAAGGUAAACCUGAAGAAGCCGUGUCCUUUCUGGAAUGAUAUCAGCCAGUGUGGAAGAAGGGACUGUGCUGUCAAACCUUGCCAAUCUGAUGAAGUUCCUGAUGGGAUUAAAUCUGCAAGCUAUAAGUAUUCUGAAGAAGCCAAUAAUCUCAUCGAAGAAUGUGAGCAAGCUGAACGACUCGGAGCAGUGGAUGAAUCACUGAGUGAGGAAACCCAGAAGGCUGUUCUUCAGUGGACCAAGCAUGAUGAUUCUUCUGACAACUUCUGUGAAGCUGAUGACAUACAGUCUCCUGAUGCUGAAUAUGUGGAUUUACUCCUUAAUCCUGAGCGCUACACUGGUUAUAAAGGACCAGAUGCUUGGAAGAUAUGGAAUGUCAUCUAUGAAGAAAACUGUUUUAAGCCACAGACAAUUAAAAGACCUUUGAAUCCUUUGGCUUCUGGUCAAGGAAAAGGUAAAGAGAAUGCUUUUUACAGUUGGCUAGAAGGUCUUUGUGUAGAAAAAAGGGCAUUCUACAGACUCAUAUCUGGCCUCCAUGCAAGCAUUAAUGUACAUUUGAGUGCGAGAUAUCUUUUACAAGAUACCUGGUUGGAAAAGAAAUGGGGACACAACAUUACAGAGUUUCAACAACGGUUUGAUGGAAUUUUGACUGAAGGAGAAGGUCCAAGAAGGCUUAAGAACCUGUAUUUUCUGUACUUGAUAGAAUUAAGGGCUUUGUCUAAAGUGUUGCCAUUCUUUGAGCGCCCAGAUUUUCAACUCUUCACUGGAAAUAAAAUUCAGGAUGCAGAAAACAAAAUGUUACUUCUGGAAAUACUUCACGAAAUCAAGUCAUUUCCUUUGCAUUUUGAUGAGAAUUCAUUUUUUGCUGGGGAUAAAAAAGAAGCACACAAACUAAAGGAGGACUUUAGACUGCAUUUUAGAAAUAUUUCAAGAAUCAUGGAUUGUGUUGGUUGUUUUAAAUGUCGACUGUGGGGAAAACUUCAGACUCAGGGUUUGGGGACUGCUCUGAAGAUCUUGUUUUCUGAGAAAUUGAUAGCAAAUAUGCCAGAAAGUGGACCCAGUUAUGAAUUCCAUCUAACCAGACAAGAAAUAGUAUCAUUAUUCAAUGCAUUUGGAAGAAUUUCUACAAGUGUGAAAGAAUUAGAAAACUUCAGGAACUUGUUACAAAAUAUUCAUUAAGGAAAACGAGUUGAAUAUACGUAUUUCUGGACUAUGGAGGCCAAAGAGUGGAAUUUCAUUCAAAGGCAUAAAAGCAAUGACAGUCUUAAGCCAAACAUUUUAUAUAAAGCUGCUUUUGUAAAGGAGAAUUAUAUUGUUUUAAGUAAUUUUUUUUAAUUGUGCUAAGUCUAUGUUUAAUACUAUUGUGAGUAAAAGUAAUACUUUGAUAAUGUGGUACAAAUUUAAAGUUUAAUAUUGAAUAAAAGCAGGAUUAUCAGAUUCACAGAUGAUAAAACUAGGUGAAUGAUGUUUUAAGUCUCUCAAUUCUGUGUAAGAAGAUGUAACAAAAAUAAAACUGGCAAUGUGAUAAGCAUUUAAUAAGAAAAUGUAAUGAGUUUCAUGAAUUGCCCAUAAUAGUCUAGAAUUUUUAAAUACAUUUAGGGUUGCCAGAUUUAACAAAUAAAAAUACAGAAUUCUCAGUUGGAUUUGAAUUUCAGGUCAACAGCUAGUUUUCUUUUAAAUAUAAAUAUGUUGCAUAUAAUAUUUGGGACAUACUUAACUAAAAAUUAUUCACUAUUUAUUCGAAAUUCAAAUUUAACUGGGAGUCCUGUGUUUUAUUUGGAAACCCUAAGAUACUUUGGUAUGAAGUAAAUCAUGUUGAGAGUUAUAUUUCUAUUUUGAUUGGGUUGUUUGGUAUGUAAAAAGUAUAAUAACAAGGCAAAGGCAUAGGAGAUUUCUAAGCAUUGUGAAAAAUUGAAUAGAUUAUAUAUUUAUUCUCAUAAUACUUUCCCUAAAACUAAAUUUGGGGAAAACUUUUUAUUUUUAUAUAAUUUCAAAUUUACAGAAAAGUUUCAAAUAUAGUACAUUCUUUUACCCAGAUUUGCCAACUGUUCACAUUUGCUUUGUCUUUGAUACUCUCUGUGUAGAUAUUCACAAAUGCUAUUUUUCCUCAUUUGAAAGUCAGUUACAGGCAUCUUGCCCUUUUAACCCUAAAUACUUUAGUGUGUAAUACUGAAUGAUUUUCUAAAAUUGAUUUUCUUAGAAAAAGAAGCCCCAAAUCCCCAAAUCUGAAACUAUAAUACUAUAAGCAUUAAAAUAAGGAAUUAUUAUUAAUUAUAAUCUAAAGUUUUGUUACCUUUUUUAUGUUGUAAUCUGUUUAGUCAUAGAGUAUACAGUUUCUAUUUUUUAUACAUGAGCUUCAUUUCCUUUGCCUCCCCAAAAGUGAACUGUAAUUUGGGAGAUUUUCAUUAGUGGAAGCUCUUCAGUGAAAAAAUACUUGAAGGAGCUUAGGAAUUAAUGUCAUAUGAUAAUUGCGGGGGAAAAGAAAUUGUAUACCUCAAAAUUAUGUGCCCACUUUCUAUAAAUCUUAGCAGGGAUAACAUGUUGAUGUUAUUAGUUAAGCAGGGUUUAUUUAUAUAAUGGCUGAGAAUUGUCACUUUACACUGUAUAUUUUUUCUUUUCUAUGACCCUAAGGCCAGGUACAAUGCCAAGCCCAUAAUUGGUAUCCAAUAAAUAUUUGUUAAAUGAAUGUAUGAAUAUGUAUUCGGUAUAUUUUGAAUGUUCACUGAAUUAAGUUAAAAAAUAUGUGUUCUGUUUUCCUUCUUCCACCCUCUUCCCCCAUUUUCUCUGAAUAGGGCAGGAAAAGAAAACAUUAACUCACUAAUUAAGUCAAUUAUUUUGGCAACUCAAAGGACUAUGAAAUGAUUUCCAUAUAUAAAUGUUUAAGGAUCUUUCUCAUCUCUGAAAAUAUGGUAGAUGGGCUUAAAUAUUAAAUCUGUGUAUAAACUUUUUUCUCAUCUUAUGCUCCUCCCCCCACACCUUUUUCAACAGCCAGUUAAGUUUUGAAACCAUCACUUUCCUAUGUCUGCCUAACCUCUUAACUAAAAUCUGGCAUUUGGCCCUAGUUCUUCUCAGUCGCUUCCGGUGAGGUCUAAAAUCCUAAUUCUAAAUCCAUAGUUCAGUUCGCAAACUAUUUCUUUUCUUUCUUUUUUCAGGGUGAGGGGGCACAUAAAACUAUUUUUUAUUUGGCUUUUUCCCCCAUGUUUGACACUACUGAUGAUAACUUCCUUUAAAAAUUUCUGCUCUUUGGGUUCCUCAUUUUACUUGCUCUUGGACCCCUCUUUUUUGGCCUCUUAAUUUAUUCCCAAAAUGUAAUUCCUCAGACUUUCAUUCUUGGUCUCUUUAUUACUAUACCACUUCCUACUCUUGGGAAAUACCAAUUCAGUGAUUGCUAAAUCCUUAUCUUUAGCUCAAACUUCUCCAUAUGUUUGUCCUACGGUCACCUGAGUGUGUGUUUAAGCGCUUUUUAUUCUCUCUACUCUUUAUUUUCCUUACUUUGGUUAAUUUCAGAACCAUCAUCUUCUAAGUCUUCUUGCCUCAUUCCUCUUCUCUACCUUCUCCUACUGUUUUUCUUCCUCCUUUCUGAUGCAUCACUCUUCCCAUUUCAUUGCUAUUACCCGAAGGACUAUAUGAACAUGUCUCCUUAUAACCAGUUUGUUUUCUCUUUGUUGCUCUACAGUGUUAUCAGUUUAGGCUUUCUGGGAGCAUUCUGACAAUUUUACUGUCUGCUUUAUACCCUUCAUUGAGUUCAUGAACUUUCUGGAGAAAGCCGAAGUCCUUUAUUUGGUGUACAAAUUCUUCUCCUGUGUCUUCCCACCUAAUGUGCUGAAAAACAGACUUCCAGACUUGUAGUUCUUCAGAUACCGCAAGUGGCUGGGUCUCUACACCUUGGUGAAAGCUAUAUUCUUUGCAUCAAGUGUCCUAGCCAUCCUUCCCCACCUGGAAAUUUCCAUGUAUCCCUGCAGGCUCAGCAUAAGCAUUCCUUCUAUGACUUUCCCUUGCUGUAUUCAGGGAGCGUCAUCUAACUUCCUAUUGUGUCACCACUGUAAUUACAGCCUACCUCUACUGUAUCACUUACUGUACUGUAUUGUUUUUGUUUUUAAAAGUCUCCUUUACUAGAAUGUGAGCUCCUCAAGGGCAGGAAAAGGAACUUUAUUCAUUUUGGCAUCUUCGUGGCAUAGUUUUUGGCAUAUGAACAUUUAAUAAAUGUUUGUUGAAUAAAUUGCUUUUAAAGUGACAAA